CUCCAUGGGAUCAGGCUGAGACUAGAGUUCUGAAGCAGCUGUAUUCUGGCCCAGCUUCUUCCCCAGCUCUAUCCUGCUUCCUUCCAUCUCCUAUAGGAUUCUCCUUAGAGUUCUCCCUCCAUUAGUAGUUGUCUUAGGGUCUGUUUCUGGGGAGCCCUGCCUAAGACUCAUGCUACAAGAAGUUAAAUAAGUUUCCCGAAGUCACACAGCUAGCCUCUCAUCCCUUUUCUACUGAGAGGAAGUGGAAUGCACUCCGACAAGGAUAAGGUUUUAUUGUGAGCUGGCCUUGGAAUUAAACCACCACCAACACACUUUUGGAUUAUCAGAAGGUGGAAGGAGUGCAAAGUAUGGUGACCAUUCUAUUUACGUUCUAUAAUAGAUUGUAAAAAGUGGCCACAAAUUCCUCCUAUCUGCAGGCUUUCCUGACUAAGGUGUGCUUCAACAUCAAAGCUCCUUAGGAUUUACUUCCUUUCUAAAGCAACGUCAAAAGGCUUUUGGUUUUAAGGAUCUAUGGGUGAAGAGAUAAUGCAGGAAGCCCGAUAUGCUGACAUGUGUGAGAGGCAACAUUCACCACAGAAGUAGAAACAGCAUGGAUGGGUGAAAGUUGCAAGAAGAUCUGUUGUUUCUUGGUUCCAACUUUGCUAUCAGCACUGGACCAAGAAUGGAAAACAACUAAUAAACCCUGAAUGUGCAACAAGGACCACAGGAACCAGCCACGGGAGAGUAAACAGUCACCAAGGUCAAGGUCACGUCAGGACAGCCCUGCACGUGUGCGGCCUGAGUGUUCCCACUCUCCGUGUUCACAGUGCAACAGGCAGUGCCAGCUCACCACAGCCUUGUUUCCCCCAACUGACCAAGACUGGUCAGAAUGCGUCAGAUUUUGCAUGAAAGACGCAACGUAUUUGCUGUAAAAUUUUAGGAAUUACUAGAAAACAGGGAAGCCCCAAAAGGUAACACAGUCAAGGCAAGGCAAAGGUUGAAGAGACUACUGAAAAAUCUUUUCAAACUGUUCAGAGAGGCUAUAUCUGCCCAGCUGUAGUCCUAGCAGCACGAAUGAAGAGUCUACUUCAUAUCUUUCCCACCCAUCAGGCAUUGGGAGUAGGAGAGAAUGCCUCUGAAGAGAAAGUUAGAAAAUUAUUAUCAUUAGUGCUACAUGUUUUGAACAAGCUGAUAUACCAAGUGGCCCAGAGAGCAGGUGGAAGAACCAGCGUGGAGACAGAAAGCAAGAGGCCCGCCUGCCAGGGCUACCUGCAGAAAGAAAGGGCAAAGAUGCUGUAGGCAAGAGAAGUUCAGGACAGACACUGGCAUAGCUCAAAGAUUCACAUUUGAGUAGCUGUGGAAGAUGACAGUACAAUUACCAAAAUGUCGAAGGGCAAAGGAGGCAGCUACUGGUUUUGAUGAAAGACAAUUAUGUCCUUUUAAAUGGGUCUUAGGCAUUUAGACAUUUAUAUAUACUAUGCUACGGACAAAGGAAUAGAAAGUAGCACUUUUUUCUCCACUAGUUUUCUUCUCUUUUUCAAGUAGAUGAAGCAAAAGUCAACUGCAAUAGUCAGAAAGCUGUACUUUGUUACACUUAGAAACUUCUAAAAGUGCUUAAGAUUUCACCUGAAAGUCCAACAUGAAGAAAAUACAGGCUCCCCAAUGCCCCAUUCUAAGAAGGAAAAAGGACCAUUUUCAUUUUAGUAACGUUUCUGUUCUAUAGACAGUUUGGAUAACUAGCUCUUACUUUUUAUCUUUAAAAACUGUUUUUCCAGUGAAGUUACGUAUAAUUAUUUACUUCAAGCGUAAGUAUACCAAAUUACUUUAGAAAUGCAAGACUUUUCUUAUACUUCAUAAAAUACAUUAUGAAAGUGAAUCUUGUUGGCUGUGUACAUUUGACUAUAAUAAUUUCAAUGCAUAUUAUUUCUAUUGAGAGUAAGUUACAGUUUUUGGCAAACUGCGUUUGAUGAGGGCUAUCUCCUCUUCCUGUGCGUUUCUAAAACUUGUGAUGCAAACGCUCCCACCCUUUCCUGGGAACACAGAAAGCCUGACUCAGGCAGCUGCCGCUAUUAAAGCAGCUCCAGCCCUGCGCACUCCCUGCUGGGGUGAGCAGCACUGUAAAGAUGAAGCUGGCUAACUGGUACUGGCUGAGCUCAGCUGUUCUUGCCACUUACGGUUUUUUGGUUGUGGCAAACAAUGAAACAGAGGAAAUUAAAGAUGAAAGAGCAAAGGACGUCUGCCCAGUGAGACUAGAAAGCAGAGGGAAAUGUGAAGAGGCAGGGGAGUGCCCCUACCAGGUAAGCCUGCCCCCCUUGACUAUUCAGCUCCCGAAGCAAUUCAGCAGGAUCGAGGAGGUGUUCAAAGAAGUCCAAAACCUCAAGGAAAUCGUAAAUAGUCUAAAGAAAUCUUGCCAAGACUGCAAGCUGCAGGCUGAUGACAACGGAGACCCAGGCAGAAACGGACUGUUGUUACCCAGUACAGGAGCCCCGGGAGAGGUUGGUGAUAACAGAGUUAGAGAAUUAGAGAGUGAGGUUAACAAGCUGUCCUCUGAGCUAAAGAAUGCCAAAGAGGAGAUCAAUGUACUUCAUGGUCGCCUGGAGAAGCUGAAUCUUGUAAAUAUGAACAACAUAGAAAAUUAUGUUGACAGCAAAGUGGCAAAUCUAACAUUUGUUGUCAAUAGUUUGGAUGGCAAAUGUUCAAAGUGUCCCAGCCAAGAACAAAUACAGUCACGUCCAGUUCAACAUUUAAUAUAUAAAGAUUGCUCUGACUACUACGCAAUAGGCAAAAGAAGCAGUGAGACCUACAGAGUUACACCUGAUCCCAAAAAUAGUAGCUUUGAAGUUUACUGUGACAUGGAGACCAUGGGGGGAGGCUGGACAGUGCUGCAGGCACGUCUCGAUGGGAGCACCAACUUCACCAGAACAUGGCAAGACUACAAAGCAGGCUUUGGAAACCUCAGAAGGGAAUUUUGGCUGGGGAACGAUAAAAUUCAUCUUCUGACCAAGAGUAAGGAAAUGAUUCUGAGAAUAGAUCUUGAAGACUUUAAUGGUGUCAAACUAUAUGCCUUGUAUGAUCAGUUUUAUGUGGCUAAUGAGUUUCUCAAAUAUCGUUUACACGUUGGUAACUAUAAUGGCACAGCUGGAGAUGCAUUACGUUUCAACAAACAUUACAACCACGAUCUGAAGUUUUUCACCACCCCAGAUAAAGACAAUGAUCGAUAUCCUUCCGGGAACUGUGGGCUGUACUACAGUUCAGGCUGGUGGUUUGAUGCAUGUCUUUCUGCAAACUUAAAUGGCAAAUAUUAUCACCAAAAAUACAGAGGUGUCCGUAAUGGGAUUUUCUGGGGUACCUGGCCUGGUGUAAGUGAGGCACACCCUGGUGGCUACAAGUCCUCCUUCAAAGAGGCUAAGAUGAUGAUCAGACCCAAGCACUUUAAGCCAUAAAUCACUCUGUUCAUUCCUCCAGGUAUUCGUUAUCUAAUAGGGCAAUUAAUUCCUUCAGCACUUUAGAAUAUGCCUUGUUUCAUAUUUUUCAUAGCUAAAAAAUGAUGUCUGAUGGCUAGGUUCUUAUGCUACACAGCAUUUGAAAUAAAGCUGAAAAACAAUGCAUUUUAAAGGAGUCCUUUGUUGUUAUGCUGUUAUCCAAUGAACACUUGCAAGCAAUUAGCAAUAUUGAGAAUUACACAUUAAAUUUACAAUUCUUUUAAUUUCUAUUGAAACUUUUUCUAUUGCUUGUAUUACUUGCUAUAUUUAAAAAAUAAUUGUUGGUUGGGUGUGGCAGCUCACGCCUGUAAUCCCAGCACUUUGGAAUGUCAAGGCAGGCAGAUCACUUGAGGUCAGGAGUUUGAGACCAGCCUGGCCAAACAUGUGAAAUGCUGUCUCUAUUAAAAAUACAAAAAUUAGCCGGGCAUGGUGGUACAUGCCUGUAAUCCUAGCUACUUGGGAGGCUGAGGCAGGAAAAUAGCUUGAACCUGAGAGGAAGAGGUUGCAGUGAGCCAAGACUGAGCCACUGCACUCCAGCAUGGGUGACAGAGAAAACUCUGUCUCAAACAAAAAAAUAAUAAAUUUAUUCAGUAGGCUGGAUUCUACACAAAGUAAUCUGUAUUUGGGCCAUGAUUUAAGCACAUCUGAAGGUAUAUCACUCUUUUCAGGCUAUAAUUAUUUGGGUAAUCUUCAUUCUGAGACAAACUUAAUCUAUAUCAUUUACUUUGCAACAGAACAACCCUACAGCAUUUUGGUUCCCAGACUAAGGGAACUAAUAUCCAUAUAAUUAAACUUGUUCAUUUAUCAUUCAUGAAAUAUAAAAUACUUGUCAUUUAAACCGUUUAAAAAUGUGGUAGCAUAAUGUCACCCCAAAAAGCAUUCAGAAAGCAAUGUAACUGUGAAGACCAGGGUUUAAAGGUAAUUCAUUUAUAGUUUAUAACUCCUUAGAUGUUUGAUGUUGAAAACUGCUUUAACAUGAAAAUUAUCUUCCUCUGCUCUGUGUGAACAAUAGCUUUUAAUUUAAGAUUGCUCACUACUGUACUAGCCUACUGGUAGGUUUUUUUGGGGGGGGUGGGUAGGGAUACGUGGGUAAUGAAGCAUUUACUUACAGGCUAUAAUACUCUGAGGCCAAUUUUAUCUCCAGAGCAAUAAUAUCAUUAAGUGAUUCACUUCAUAGAAGGCUAAGUUUCUCUAGGACAGAUAGAAAACAUGAAUUUUGAAAUAUAUAGAACAGUAGUUAAAAUACUAUAUAUUUCAACCCUGGCUGGUAGAUUGCUUAUUUUACUCUCAGAAAUUAAAAGAUAGAUUUUUACCCAAACAGAAGUAUCUGUAAUUUUUAUAAUUCAUCAAUUCUGGAAUGCUAUAUAUAAUAUUUAAAAGACUUUUAAAAUGUGUUUAAUUUCAUCGUCGUUAAAAGGGAUCAUCUCAGAGAGAACAGCAGUAUUCUGCGUAUUUUUAAAAACGCUCUAGAGUAACAUUUGAAGUAAUUCACUGUAGUGUAUGCCAAUCCUAGAAAUAAUUUUUUUAAUUUCUGGUGUCUGUUUCUAAUACACUAACCAAGUUUUCAAAAUAUAUUUACAAAGAUGCAUCUUUACCCAUUAUUUUAAAAUGAUUAAGGAGGAUAGUUGCUUCAGGUAACAAGCUAAUUUUUCAAAUAUUAGGCCCUUACAGAACUAUUUAGUCAAAAAGUAAGAUAUUCCUUUAAAAUAUAUAACCCAAAGCUUUCAGUUAAACAUGAUAUAUCACAAAUACUAUUAAAAUGUUAAAGAGAAAUGCAAAUAGCAUUAAAUGAUGACCAAAAUGUAAAAUAUUGUAGAUUUCAAUAGCUGUGUCUCUAUUAGGUGGGAUACCAAAUGUAAAUGAUGUAACUGACGUUGUUUUUUACUUUUUGCUUUUUAAAAAAGACUAAAAACGUUUUGAUAUUAUACAAUGUAUUUGUUUCAGAUAAGGUCAUUUUCAUUUAGUAUAUAUAAUUAAUAUAUGUACAAGUUUAAGUAAAUUCCUGUGAGUAAAAAUGGACUUAUCACAAAACAUAGUUCUAAAGAAAGGUAUAUGCUCAUAUACACAGUGUCCAUUAAUUUAAUGGGAACUAGGUAUAACUUCAGGAGAAUUUGGCAAAUAAUUCAUUAAUCCAUGUAAAUAUUCAAAAGCUUGUUCUAUCUUUCCAUAUUAUUUCAAGGGAUCACUUUAUUUUUCAUUAUACUUUCACAGCACUUUUCUAGUAAAUUCUGUAACACAGAAAUUCCAUUUUGGAAUCAUUUCAUGUUACCAAUAAUUCUAGACUUUUAUAACAUUUAACAUGUUGAUGGAAAUAGAUUACAUCUGCUAGAACCUUUUGCCUUAACUAUUCACUAAUAUAUGCUAAUAUUCAUAAAUAUGGAUUGACUGUUUACAAACAUUAGAAUCUUGUCUUGGUUUCAUUUUGAUGGCUAGUAUUUGUUAUCUUAAUUAAGACUUUAUUUCUGACAUCAUGAUUACUUGAAAAUAUUGACUAAAACUGGGUCCUUAGAAAUUCCAGGUGGAGCUGAUUUACCUAUGACUGAGGGGAAAAAAAAAUCAAAUUUUACUGAUAAUAGUAAUGCUCCAAAUGAAUUAAUGACACAUCUGUUCAAUAAAUAAAGAGCUUAAAUAUACAAAACAUAAGAAAUCUGAGCAACAAAACUUGUGGUCUUUACUUUUGAAUAGCUACCCAAGAAAAGGUUUUAAAGGUAAAAGUUAUGAGUAAUGUCAUCACAAUAAGCUCUUGUUUAAAAUUCUUUUCUUUUAUGUAUAAUUAGGUUUAUGUUUCAUGUCUUUUUAAAACCUUAUAAAAGAUUUAAUUAUCACAUCUAUUCUUCAAUGUGGAAAUAUUAAAUAUUGUUGGUUGUAAAAUAAUAUGUACUUACUUGUGUCUGAAAAGUUGUAAAAUGCUUACCUCAGCUAUACAAUAUCUGUGACUCUGAAGACUUUAACGAGUACUAUUUCAUUAACAAGAAGUCAGAGGCAAAUAGAGGAACACCAUUAUCUUACUUCCCUCUAGAAUACUGUUGAAACAUUUGAAAUACAAAAGUUUCAGUUUCA